AUGUCGACAGCACCAAAGAAAGAAUCGAUUUUAGAUCUUCAAAAGUUCCUUGGUAAGGGUAUAUCAGUCAAGUUUACAGGAGGUAGAGAAGUACAAGGUAUUCUCAAAGGAUACGACCCACUUGUUAAUAUUACACUCGAUCAAUGUGAAGAAUAUAUUAGAGAUCCACAAGAUCCACUCAAUGUUACCAAUGAAAAGAGAUAUUUAGGAUUAGUAGUUUGCAGAGGAAGUAGUGUAAUGAUGGUUUGUCCAAUGGAGGGUUGUGAAGAAAUAGAUAAUCCCUAUUUAGAUCAAGUUGAAGGUGCUACUGAAGAAUCUUAA